UAAAAUAAUAAUAAUAAUAAUAAUAAUAAUAAUCCAAUAUACAUAUUUGACAAGUUGAGAUUAGCGCAGCGAGAAGUCUCACGACGCUUUGAUGCAUGACAAGUUGAUGAAAUACAGACGGAUUCAUUUAUAAAAUAUAUGAAAACGAGGGCUUAUCUGUCAAAUUCAUAUUUUUGUCCACUAUAUAAACCAGCAGACCAAAUAAACUGGACCUGUCAUGGCUUGGUUCUGAUACCAGAAACUAAACCAAGAAAGAAAAAAAAAACACUUUUUCGGAAAAAGUCCAAAUUUACAUUAAUUCUUUUCUUUUUGCCAUUUUUGGAUUCUGGUGAUUUUUCAAAAAUAAAGAUCACGAGUGUCACUUGUGCUCUCUGUAACCGUUUCAUUUGGUCAAUUCAAUUACAGAAACAAACCAAAAAAGAAGACAGAACAUAACCCAAAAGAUUGAAGUGUUUUGCUUGCUGUCUUCUUCUUCUUCUUCGAUUGAAAAAAUCUAGAGUUUGUUAAGAAAAAAAGAAUGGAUUCUGAGCUUUAUAUCUUUGAUGGGUCUUCAUCUUCUUCCUCAUUUUGCCACCAUUCAAGUAGUACUGAACCAGAUAUGUUUUCUUCCGACACAACAACAACAACAACAACAACAACAACAGAUCUCUUCUGCAACAAUCCUUAUCUUAAUCCUAUAGAUGAUCAGCCUUUCAAUUUCUUUGACAACUUUACCUCUACGACUCAUCAUCUCCUCUCUUCAUCUCCUCCACUCUCUCAACUCCAAACCCUUAACCUCUCCCACACUAACACUUUCCCCAGUUUCGAAAGCUUCGACGCCGUCAAAACAGAGCAUCCUCUGUUUAACUCUUCAGUCAUGGAAGAUUCAUCGAGUUUUCAGAAUCAGAAUCUCUUAAGCUCGCCUGAAAACUCCUUCCUCUCCGAUCACAUGCGACGUGUCUACAGCACUGGAGAUUUGCAGAAUCUGGGAAUGGAUACUACGGGACAACGAUCAUACUCGAGUCCUUUAGGUGUGGAGAGCUCAUGGGCGACGCCGUUUCCCGGAGAAGAACAGAGUUUGAAGGUGGGGCGUUACAGUGCGGAAGAACGUAAAGAGAAGAUUUCAAAGUAUAGGGCUAAACGAACACAAAGAAACUUCACCAAAACCAUUAAGUAUGCAUGCCGGAAAACGUUGGCGGACAACAGACCAAGAGUACGUGGCAGGUUUGCACGUAACGACGAAGUUUUAGAGAACCCCAAGAUUGCUUCUUCUUUCACUAUACAAGAAGACGACGACCUUUGGAAUUUGAAUGGGUUGCAUGAGGAAGAAGAAGCUUUUUUGAGUAGCUUUGUGGAAUGUCAGUCUCAGCCUCAACGACAAAUGCAAUACACAACAACUUCCUUCUGGUGAAAGCAUAUCUGUCUGAAGAAAGAAGAGAUGAAUAUUAUAUUUUCCGACUUAAUUUAAUAUGGAAUAUUGGAAUCGAGUCGAGUCAUAUAAUGGAUAUUUAUUUUUGAUUCUCACUUACAUCAAGAACAAAAACUAAUAUAUGACUCGAUUGUAUAGUACUGCACCAGAAUAAACAAUUCACGUUCUUUACAAAACAAUAAUAAUAAUUACAAAAUAUAGAUUUAUUUUAGGAGAAUAAAAUAGUGGUUUAACUAGUCACUUAGUGAUAGUGGUGUUGUAGCUUUUUCAUCGUUUUACUUUUAUUAAUAUGGAAACUGUUUUUCA